GUUGACUUGACGAGCACCAGCUGUCAUUGGAAGCUCGCUUAUGAGCUAUCGUCCUCGUCGAAUAUUUGUUAAUUUUGUCAUUUUUCUGACACUGUUUUAAUAAUUUCUGGUAUCGGUUUUGAAAGAAAAUAAAUGAAACGGACGGUCAAACUAUUUUUUCCAAAUUCAUAACGCCUUCUAGUUCAACUAUAGUCGUAAACGGGGAAGCUAAAGUUGACUAGCUUGUUGUUAGGAAUGUGAUACAGGCAGGUUGUGUCCUUCAGUCAGCAUUGUUGCUUCUCUUUUUGGGAGGGAAGUCAUUGUUUCAACGAGAGGAAAGUUGUGUCGCUUGAGAUCAAUGAGACGUGCCAUCAAUAUAGUAGCACUGUAUUCUUAAAUGCGUUGGAAUAUGCUUUCUUCUUGUAUUAUAUCCAGGCCAUCAUAGUUUGGCCGUACGUACUUUAAGUUCAUUUUAAAUGAUCGUGAACCACGAUACUCAAGUCAACUGUAUUUAUAGAGCACUUUCAAACAAUAUCAGCUACACUGCGAAUAGUGGAUUGACACAGUGAAUGUGUCACAUUUAAAGGCAAUCUUUUAAUUCUACCAUAAUGGAUAAGAAAUCAUUUGACAUCGUCAUAGAUGAAAUUAAGAAGUGUGUCCUGACUGAUCAGCGGAUUAAAGCCAUUGAGCAGGUUCAUGGAUACUUUUCCAGCGAACAGGUCAUGGACAUACUGAAAUACUUCUCCUGGGCAGAACCUCAAAUUAAAGCAGUAAAAGCUUUGCAGCAUAAAAUGGUUGCAAUCCCCACCACCAAAGUUGCCAACAUUCUGAAUUGCUUCACCUUUUCAAAGGACAGACUUAUUGUCUUGGAGCUGAUUGCUUUGAAUAUUUCAGAUGCGCAAAAUUACCGUCCUGUUGACGAUUUGUUUCGCAUACACUUGUCAGAGAAGAAGCGUGUUCGCAGGAUUCUGGAACAGGUAUGUAAGGUGGGUUGCAAGGCUCCUGUAGCCAUGAUCUCAUCCUGCGGUAUGAUACCAGGAAAUCCAUAUCCAAAAGGCAGACCCAGUCUGGUUACAGGCACAUUCCCAGGAUUCCCUCCCUUAAAGAAAGAAGGCGAGAAGAAAGACGACACCUCUAACAGUAUGGAAGGGAAAGGGAUUGCCGCCCGGAUCAUCGGACCCUCCAAACCAUUCCCUUCAAGCUACAACCCGCAUCGGCCCGUGCCCUACCCCAUACCCCCGUGCAAACCCCAUGCUACCAUCGCACCAAGUGCGUACAACAACGCGGGCCUUGUUUCAAUGGGAGGGGUCAUAACGGCCAAUGUGCCCCCUCCCCCCUACAACUCUGCCCACAAAGUAGCAGGCUACACCAAACCAGGCAAUCCCCAGAACACGACACCAGGAGUCAACAGCGGGCCGCUGCUGAUUCCUCAUGGCUCCACACCGUCCACCCCUGUCCGACCGCAAGCUUCCCCGUCUCAGCCACCUCCCACAACUCCCAUCACACCCGUUUUUCCCGGCAUGGUCCCCUCUCACAACUCUCCGUCUCCCGCUCCGUCACCAUCCGUCAUUAAAGUGGGUCCGCAGACCCCCACCGGCCACGCUACACCAACACCCUCUUCUGUCAUUAAAGCCCACACCCCUUCCAGUACCCCCUGUGGAACGCCUGUCCCUGGCAGUGGGGGUUUUUCCCCCUCCCCUUUCCAUUCUCAUUCUCGACCAGGCACCCCUGCCACCUCCCGUAACGGCUCCGACGCCCUGUCGCAGAUGAACUCCAUGGGCUCAUCUCAGCAGAGGGCUCUUGCGCAAUCUACAGAGCACCCUUUCCAUAGCAUGCACGCACAAGCAGGUAACCACCCUGGAUCGGUGAUCCGUAGCUACACCCCAUCUGAAACGCCAUCUAACCCACCUGGGUCCUCCGCUCAAGUGAUUCCCAGUAGUUCCACCCCAGGCCCAAGCCCCAAACCCUCCCCUGCCCAUUCUGGCCAGGCUCAGCCCGCCAUGGGACCGCCUGGACUCCUUCAGCACGAGCAACAACGCGCAGCCAUGAACAGACACAGCGGGGGGAGCGGCAGUAACAGCCCGGUGCCCUCCGCUUUCAAGGGGACGUCUCGCUCUAGCACGCCAUCUCUUAGCCCUUUGGUUGUACCGGGAUCAACCCAGGCUGCGCUGGCCCGUUCUUUGGGGCUCUCGCACCCGCCAGGCUCUCCUCAAGUUUCACUCGCCAGUCCCGCCGCCAACAGCGGCCUCCAGGCUUUGUCUGCCAGCCCGGGACCGCCGCACUACCCCGGCCUGUCCCCUUUUCCUGCUCUUUCCUCCGCCCUCCCUCCUACGGCUAUCCCCUCAUCGAGCAGCAUCUCGAAUGCCUCCCCAAACUCCAUCUACCACGGCCUGGCUCCCAACGCCGCACCUAGCGCAGCCUCCCCUUUCGGGCUAGGCCUCACGUCUGCUGCUUCUAUAUUCCCAGGCCUGCCGCCUGGUACCAGCCCCGCUGCUUUCACAGGCUUGGGAGUUUCAGGAGGACACAGUGCAGGGAGCCCCGUGUUGCCUUCUUUCAUGGGAUUACCUGGAGCCGCUCCAUCCUCUGUUGCGUCUGUCGCACCAGUGCAGGCUGCGGCAGCGGCGGUGGCAGCAGCAGCCGGCGCCUCGGCAUCAUCGCCGGUUCUACCUGGUUUUGCAUCUGCCUUCAGCUCCAACUUUCAGCCGGGGUUGAGCAGUGGCCUCCAGGCUUCAGCAAACGGCACCUUCCCGGGCCUGCUGUCCUUCCCUGGUGUCCCAGGCUUCUCUCCGGCGGCCUCCCCUGCCACUCUCAGUGGUCUCCAUAAUCCAGCUAUGCAGCCUGCCCUGCUGCAGGCUCAUCCGACAUCGGCUUUGGAGGGUUUAGCUCCUCAGCCCAAUGCAUUCAGCAACUACCCCGCAGGCCCAGGAAACCCUUUCCCCCUUCAGCCAGGCCUGCACCCUCAGUUGGGUUGGCAGUGAUACCUGCGUUCACUUCGGCUGCGUUCGUCUACUGUGACUACAUGCUGACCACGGCUAUCCAUGCCCUGUCUGGACCUUCAACAAAUUGUUUUCGUCUCCAAAGUGAAAACAGAAGACUGUGAAAUGAAACGAUAGUCAUAGUGAGCAAAUGUAAAUAUGAGCUUGUUUUUUGUUGUUGUUUUGUUUUGUUAUUUUAAUCGAUGGUGAGUAGUUUUAAUGUUAUUGUUGUCUUGUCGCCAUUUUUACGAAGAUGAAUUAAGUGAAAAUGAAAUGUCCGCGGGUACAUGAUGCCAUGUAAGCGUGAUGAAAUGACCAUAUGAUGUGGGAGUUGUUGACAACUGUGAUGAAAUCAAAUACAGAGACACGCCGUAUUAAAUUCUGUAGUCAUUGUUUCAGCGGUGAAGUUGUUCCAAUUCUUAGUUCAGUGAGCGAAACACUGUUACACAAGCAGUUUUUGAUGCAAAUUGUAACCUUUGUGUCCUGGAAUUUACAUUUUAAUGCCUACUGUUACUUAGAGUUGCUCUCUGUUUGUUACACUGUCUUUUUUUGUUUUUUUUUUAAACGAUGGAUUUGAAGUUGUUAAAUUGCUUUAGGCAGUAAACCACCGGAUACUGUACCUCCUCUGUGUUUUAUGCCGUGUUAGGACUGUGCCAAGCUGAUGAAAUGAGGUCAACGAAAUAAAUGGAAACACUCCGCA